GGAUCAUAAAGAACUGGAUUCGUGGAGGAUCGCGAUUGGAAACGAUUGAAUGGCUCCAGCAUGUCUUAUCUAGCUUCGUUCACCUCCGAGUCAUCGGCGCCGUUCACCUCACCUAUGGGAAAGCCUCUGCCUCUUGGCCUCGGACACCUGCUCCCAUGGCUUUUGAGCUUCCUGCUGCUCCCCUCUCCAUCCCUUGCCGAUGUCGGCACGGCCUCAUUCUACGGACCGCCGUAUCUUCCUACUGCAUGCUACGGGAGCGACGAGGGCCAGUUCCCUGCGGACAAUCUCUACGCGGGCGCCGGGGAGGGGAUUUGGGACAAUGGCGCGUCCUGUGGGAGGGUGUACCUGGUGAGAUGCCUCAGCUCAGCCACGCCGGACGCGUGCGUCGAGGGCCAGACGAUCCAGGUGGUGAUCCUCGAUCGUGCGGCCACUCUGAAUUCGAUCCCUUCGACGAACGGGACCACUAUGGUUCUCUCGAGCCCUGCUUUCGGAAUGAUAACCCAACAGUCGGUAGGGGUGAUCAACAUCGAAUUCACACCUAUUUGACAGCCGCCAGAGAUCCCAAGAUCAGACCAAUUUUGAAGCAUCGUUAAAUUAAUUUAAUGUUUCAGGAAAAACAACAAAAGAAAGUAUAUUUUUCUUUCUUUUUUUAUUUUUUUAUUUUUUUGCUAAAGAAAAGUGUAUUUUUCUAGUUCCUGAAUUGUGCGUAUGUUUUUUCCCCCUUUCAACUAGGUCAUUUUUAUUUCUUCUUCUAUACUUUCUUUGCUUUGUAAUGCUCUUUUUCCCCUUCAAAAAAUGCUUCAACUUGAGCGUUAUUGUUUCCCUUCGUCUCUCUUUCCUCUUUCUUUUUUUUAUAUUUUUUUAUAAAAAUUUAUAUAGACGUAUAUUCUUUCGGUUAACUAUUUUAAAUGAGAUCCUAGUUAGAUUGCCACACUCUUUCUCUCGCAAUUCGCUUCUGAUGUGCCUUUCUUUCGUUUGGUUAAUAAAGUCGCCGGACCCUCUGCUCCUCUCUUCCCCCCGCCCCCAAAAAAAAACAAGGGAUGGGAAAGAACCUUGCGUCUCGAGCCUGCCAAGAGUAAACGGGAUGCGAGUCGCUCAUAUUGCGUGGUGUCUUGUCAUUGCUUUCUUUUGAAUGGGCAUCGUCAAAUGUGCCACCGAGACAGGCAAAGUGAUUGGUGCAAAGCGAUUUUUUUUUCUGGGAGAACGUAGCAUCCGUGCAUCCGAAUGAGUGCGGUUCUAUUUGAUGCGGUCGUUUUCGGUUCUCAAGGCCUUCAUCCAUCAUGCUUUUCAGGUUCCAUGAAAGAAACAAAAUCUAUCAAAGCUAAACCGGCCGCCGGUGCAGCCAGGUCAAGUAGGCAGGUACAAAUUGGCUAUUCUCCACACGGCAUGAGGUCAAGGCGUGCUCGAUACGGCGGCAUUUUUUCGCCCGGAAAGGUUCGGAGGAAGCGUUGAACAACGGAAGGCAGAUGUUUCUUGGAAGAUUAAAGGACUUAGGAAAAUUCUAUCCUACGGACAAUGUACAUGCCCCAUCACAGUUUGAUGAUGGUGAUGACACGGGUCUCCAGAUUUUUUUGGAAACUGAUCUCAAACGGCAGGAGAAGAUUUUUUUGGACGUCAUGCAUUGCUGCAUGAAGAUUUGCGCGUGCCGAUGGGACACGGCUGUAUUUUCCGUGCAAAAGAUUUGCUUCAAGAUGUAUGCAGGUGGUGAAUAAAAUAAAACUGGACGUAUUUUGA